AUUCUUAAUGUUUUGUACACUCAGUGUAGAUAACCUUCCUCCUGUUGGAUAUCUGCUCUGUAGCGAAGGCAACAGUGUAGAUCCAAUUCCAGUAAUAGGAUGUGUUGUUUUUGUGUUCCAGUAACAGGAUGUGGUGUUUCUGUGUUCCAGUAACAGGAUGUGUUGUUUCUGUGUUCCAGUAAUAGGAUGUGUUGUUUCUGUGUUCCAGUAAUAGGAUGUGUUGUUUCUGUGUUCCAGUAAUAGGAUGUGUUGUUUCUGUGUUCCAGUAAUAGGAUGUGUUGUUUCUGUGUUCCAGUAAUAGGAUGUGGUGUUUCUGUGUUCCAGUAAUAGGAUGUGGUGUUUCUGUGUUCCAGUAAUAGGAUGUGGUGUUUCUGUGUUCCAGUAAUAGGAUGUGUUGUUUCUGUGUUCCAGUAACAGGAUGUGUUGUUUCUGUGUUCCAGUAAUAGGAUGUGUUGUUUCUGUGUUCCAGUAACAGGAUGUGUUGUUUCUGUGUUCCAGUAACAGGAUGUGUUGUUUCUGUGUUCCAGUAAUAGGAUGUGUUGUUUCUGUGUUCCAGUAAUAGGAUGUGUUGUUUCUGUGUUCCAGUAAUAGGAUGUGUUGUUUCUGUGUUCCAGUAAUAGGAUGUGUUGUUUCUGUGUUCCAGUAAUAGGAUGUGUUGUUUCUGUGUUCCAGUAAUAGGAUGUGUUGUUUCUGUGUUCCAGUAAUAGGAUGUGUUGUUUCUGUGUUCCAGUAAUAGGAUGUGUUGUUUCUGUGUUCCAGUAAUAGGAUGUGUUGUUUCUGUGUUCCAGUAAUAGGAUGUGUUGUUUCUGUGUUCCAGUAAUAGGAUGUGUUGUUUCUGUUUUCCAGUAAUAGGAUGUGUUGUUUCUGUGUUCCAGUAAUAGGAUGUGGUGUUUCUGUGUUCCAGUAACAGGAUGUGGUGUUUCUGUGUUCCAGUAAUAGGAUGUGUUGUUUCUGUGUUCCAGUUUCAGUAUUAGGAUGUGUUGUUUCUGUGUUCCAGUUUCAGUAUUAGGAUGUGUUGUUUCUGUGUUCCAGGUUGGCCUUCCUUCUAUGACCUGGUAAAGGAGGAGUCAGUCACUGUAACAGACGAUUUCGCCUACGGGAUGCACAGAGUUGAGACCAGCUGUAGUCAGUGUGGUUCUCACCUCGGACACCUGUUUGAUGACGGGCCCAGACCCACAGGGAAACGAUACUGCAUCAACUCUGCCUCUCUGGGCUUCCAGUCUGCCUCAGCCUCUAGCCCACCCAGCAACGGAGCUGGGGCAGGAGCAGGAGCUGGGGCAGGAGCAGGAGCUGGGGCAGGGGCAGGAGCUGGGGCAGGGGCAGGAGCUGGGGCUGGGCCAGGUGGUGCGGUCGGGGGCAAGACUGAGCUCUGAGUAGGGUCUCCUUGGUCUUGGACUCACGGUCACUCACUCCUUAUCCAAACUGGUCGCCUCGUUCCUGGUCGAAAUGUUACAAACAGAACAGCUGGAGAAUAUAGGUUACACAGAUAUGAAAACAGUCAGCCAACUAGGUUACACAGAUAUGAAAACAGUCAGCCAACUAGUUUACACAGAUCCGAAAACAGUCAGCCAACUAGGUUACACAGAUCCAGAAAACAGUCAGCCAACUAGGUUACACAGAUCCAGAAAACAGUCAGUCAACUAGGUUACACAGAUCCGAAAACAGUCAGCCAACUAGGUUACACAGAUCCGAAAACAGUCAGACAACUAGGUUACACAGAUCCAGAAAACAGUCAGUCAACUAGGUUACGCAGAUCCAGAAAACAGUCAGCCAACUAGGUUACACAGAUCCAGAAAACAGUCAGCCAACUAGGUUACACAGAUCCAGAAAACAGUCAGACAACUAGGUUACGCAGAUCCAGAAAACAGUCAGCCAACUAGGUUACACAGAUCCGAAAACAGUCAGACAACUAGGUUACACAGAUCUGAAAACAGCCAGACAACUACAGUCAGCUCAAUAAGGGGCCAUCAGCGCCCCCCUUAGAAACCUGUGGAACAUGAUUCUGUGGCUUUGUAGGUUACACACACCCAAAUACAGUCGGUCAAAUAGAGUCAGACCAAAUGACCACAGUGGCCACGUACCAAGCUGGCCAACCACUGGCUGCCUGCCUUAAUAAAGUCCCAGGCCUCUACUGUACUAUACAACUGUCUGAGGAGGCAGUUAUUGGAUGCAAUAUCACGUUGCUCACAUUGCUUUUGACCGUUACACAUUUUGAUCAUUUUUAAAGUAUAUCAACUGUUAUAUGUUUUUCUUUCUAGUAUAUUAAAAGCUUUUUGCUUUUGGGGAAAAAGUGAAUGAAUUAUAUAUUAUUAUUAUGAUUGUGUGGACUUGACUUUGAAGAACAAUGUGUGUUGUUUAAAAAAGAAAAAGGUGAUAUUUGAUACCGAGGAGUUGAUAGUUUAAGGACAACGCUCCUAUGAGCUGUAGAAUAAACACCAAGAGGAUAAAUAAGCAUUCUGUCCAAUAAGAAAGACACACACACACACACACACCAAUAAGAAAGACACACACACACACACCAAUAAGAAAGACACACACACACACACACCAAUAAGAAAGACACACACACACACACUUACACACCUAGAGGAGAAAUAAGCAUUCUGUCAAAUAAGAAAGACACACACACACACACUUACACACCAAGAGGAGAAAUAAGCAUUCUGUCCAAUAAGAAAGACACACACACACACACUUACACACCAAGAGGAGAAAUGAGCAUUCUGUCCAAUAAGAAAGACACACACACACACACUUACACACCAAGAGGAGAAAUAAGCAUUCUGUCCAAUAAGAAAGACACACACACACACACUUACACACCAAGAGGAUAAAUAAGCAUUCUGUCCAAUAAGAAAGACACACACACACACACACACCAAUAAGACAGACCAGAUUGACUUGUGUUUAGUGUGAAUACAACACUAACCUGUCUUUUCAAAGGUUUCUUCUUCUCCUGCUGCCUCGCUACUUCCUGCUGUUGGUCAGUCUAUUCUUGCCUCUAGUUGAAUGUUUUUUUCUUGCGUUUCUUUGAUUCCCAGACUUGUAUUGACAGAAAGUUCUAUUAAAAUCAAACUUGACACAGCAA